AUGUUCAAACUCCUAUGCAAUCGUCGCCUCAUUGCUCUUAUUGACCUGAUAUAUAGCAACAAAUCAUUCACCUUGCCGUUUGCGCACCGAAAGAACAUCACAAGGAUCGGCCUCACGCCUCAAGGGAAUUUGCUCCUCUCAAUUGACGAAGAUGGCCACGCUAUCCUGACCAAUGUGCCCCGGCGCAUUGGGAUAUAUCACUUCUCCUUCCGAUCCCGCGUUACAGCACUCUCGUUUUCUCCGUCUGGGCGCUACUUCGCCGUUGGAUUGGGAAGGAAACUCGAGGUCUGGCAUGUGCCCUCCACACCGGACUCGAACGCAGAGGGCGAGCUGGAGUUUGCACCGUUUGUGCGCCACCACACACAUACCGGACAUUUCGAUGAUGUGCGAUUUAUUGAAUGGUCGAGCGAUUCCCGAUUCUUCAUCAGCGCCUCCAAGGACUUGACGGCAAGGAUAUGGAGCGUAAAUCCAGAGGAAGGAUUCACACCCACAGUCCUGUCAGGUCACAGGCAGGCUGUGGUCGGUGCUUGGUUCUCGCAGGACCAGGAGACUAUAUACACAGUCAGCAAAGAUGGUGCGGUCUUUGACUGGCAAUACAAAGGCCCACAGCGAGACGAAGAUGAUAUGGACGAAGACGAAGAUGAGUCCAAGAUGCGCUGGAGGAUAGUGGGCCGGCAUUACUUCAUGCAAAACAAUGCUCAUCUAAGGUGUGCUGCCUUCCAUCCAGAGUCAAACCUGCUUGUUGCCGGCUUCUCAAACGGAAUUUUUGGUCUAUACGAAAUGCCCGACUUCAACAUGAUACAUACGCUUAGCAUCUCUCAAAACGAGAUCGACUUUGUCACAAUCAACAGAAGUGGAGAGUGGUUAGCAUUUGGUGCUUCCAAGCUGGGCCAGUUGCUAGUUUGGGAGUGGCAGUCGGAGUCUUAUAUCCUGAAGCAGCAAGGUCAUUUUGAUUCCAUGAACUCCCUGGUAUACUCCCCUGAUGGCCAGCGCAUUAUCACAACUGCCGAUGACGGCAAAAUCAAAGUGUGGGAUAUAGAGUCCGGCUUCUGUAUUGUGACUUUUACAGAACAUACAAGUGGUGUCACGGCCUGCGAGUUUGCGAAGAAAGGCAAUGUCCUCUUCACAUCCAGUCUUGACGGCUCUAUAAGAGCUUGGGAUUUGAUACGGUAUCGAAACUUCAGAACAUUCACAGCACCGACACGACUAUCGUUUUCAUGCAUGGCUGUUGAUCCCAGCGGGGAGGUGGUUGCUGCUGGCUCGCUCGAUUCUUUCGACGUUCACAUCUGGUCCGUCCAGACCGGGCAGCUACUCGAUCAAUUAUCAGGACACGAAGGUCCUAUAUCUUCACUCGCAUUCGCGCCAAAUGGAGGCCUGCUAGUCAGUGGAAGCUGGGACAGAACGGCCAGAAUAUGGUCCAUUUUCGACAGAACGCAAACAAGCGAGCCUAUACAGUUGCAGGCAGAUUUGCUCGACAUUGCAUUCCGGCCGGAUUCAUUACAGCUCGCCAUUUCUACUUUAGACGGACAACUCACUUUCUGGUCUGUGUCAGAAGCCGAACAAGUAGCUGGACUGGACGGCCGCCGAGAUGUAUCUGGCGGGCGGAAAAUCACUGACCGUAGAACAGCAGCCAACGUCGCUGGAACGAAGAGUUUCAACACCAUCCGAUAUAGCACCGAUGGAAGCUGUCUACUUGCCGCAGGUAACAGCAAAUAUAUUUGCUUGUACUCGGUUUCCACCAUGGUUCUCCUCAAGAAGUUCACAGUGAGUGUGAACUUGUCCCUUUCUGGGACACAGGAGUUUCUCAACAGCAAGCUUCUGACAGAAGCUGGCCCAGCUGAUAUGAUCGAUGAUCAAGGCGAGGCCUCUGACCGGGAGGACCGCAUUGAUAGGUCACUUCCGGGCUCGAAGCGUGGCGGUGAUCCUUCUGCACGAAGGAAGAUGCCAGAAGUUCGAGUAAAUGGCGUGGCCUUCUCGCCAGCUGGCACAGCCUUCUGCGCAGCAUCUACUGAAGGGUUGCUUAUCUACAGCGUGGACAACACGCUGCAAUUCGACCCCUUCGAUCUCAACAUGGAGAUCACGCCGGCGUCUACGCUGGCAGUCCUAGAAAAUGAGAGAGAUUACCUCAAAGCACUUGUCAUGGCAUUCCGCCUCAACGAAGCGGGCUUGAUCAAGCGAGUGUUCGAGGCAGUGCCUUAUACCGACAUACCCUUGGUUGUGGCUGAUUUCCCAACAGUCUACGUACCGAGGCUGCUCCGAUUCGUCGCUGCACAAACUGAGCAAUCACCGCAUAUAGAAUUUUGUCUGCUUUGGAUCAAAGCCCUCGUUGACAAGCACGGAGCUUGGUUGACGGCCAAUAGGGGUAAAGCGGACGUGGAGCUGCGAGUAGUCGCUCGCGCUGUCACAAGGAUGCGGGACGAGAUCCGCAGGUUAGCCGAUGAGAAUGUCUACAUGGUGGACUAUCUCCUCGGACAAGUGGGCACUAAGGAUGCGACGCAAACCAAUGGAUUGCUGGCCGGUGCAUUGCCAGAGGAUGCUGAGGUGAAGCUUCUCACUAGACAGGAGAAACUGAGCUUUGACGACCUCAUAUCGGAGCACGCCGAGGAAGAGGAGUGGAUAGGCCUCGAUUAG